AUGUAUUAUUACUAUCAUCCUAGUAGAAAUGAUGAAAAAGAAAAAGAAAAGAGUGAAUUUUUAGAGUUAUAUUCUUUCGACCCCGUAUAUGAUGCAUUUCAGGAUCAUGAUACAUUCAUGGUCAGAAUGGAACUACCAGGUAUUCCCAAAUCAGAAGUAAACAUUCAAAUGAUAGAUGCCCGAACCAUCACUAUCAGCGGUGACAAGAAAGAUUUCCUUAAAUCCCCAAAUCAUACCUAUCAACUCGUUUCACCUACACCAACUACUACAAAUACUCCUACUAUUACUACUACUACUCCUCCUAGAAAAACAAAAUAUGCUAUGGAAAUAAGUACAUUACUCUAA